CGUACGCGUUAUACGUGGCUGCCACCAUCACAUACGAGAAAGAGAGUUCACAGUUAAAGAAACGUGUUAAAUUAGUAAAUUCUUGUACACUAGUAAACAUAAACGUUGGUUUUUCUUAAAUUACACUAAUCUGAAGAACACCGACAGCGUUAGCUAACCACCUGGUCACUACAAUGGUGUUGUUGGCAGCAGCAGUAUGCACCAAAGUGGGGAAAGCGAUCGUGUCGCGACAGUUUGUCGAGAUGAGCAAGUCGAGGAUCGAGGGACUGCUUGCAGCAUUUCCGAAACUGAUGAGUACUGGCAAGCAGCACACGUUCGUCGAGACGGAGAGCGUGCGCUACGUGUAUCAGCCGCUAGAGAAGCUCUACAUGCUUCUCAUUACCACCAAAGCUAGCAACAUUCUCGAGGAUUUGGAGACGCUGCGUCUGUUUUCCAGAGUGAUUCCAGAGUACUGUCGUGUAAUGGAAGAGUCGGAAAUUAUAGACAAUGCAUUCCAGUUGAUCUUUGCCUUCGAUGAGAUAGUAGCCUUGGGUUAUAGAGAAAAUGUCAAUCUUGCGCAAAUUCGCACUUUUACCGAAAUGGAUUCACACGAGGAGAAAGUAUUUCAAGCAGUUAGACAGACCCAAGAGAGAGAGGCGAAAGAGAACAUGCGUAAGAAGGCCAAGGAGCUGCAGCAGAAGCGCACGGACGCGGCGCGGCGCGGCGUCACCCCGGGUUUCGGCGGCGGAUUCGGCAGCAGCAGUGUCGGAAGCGUGCCGUCUCCGGUCGUCGGUGACUCGUCGUAUGAGCCGGCGACGACGCCCAUCAUGCAGUACAUCGCACCCAGCAAACCUAUGGGGCCAAGCAAAGCCAUGAAGCUUGGAAGUAAAGGGAAGGACAUCGACUCAUUUGUUGAUCAGUUGAAAUCGGAAGGACAGGAAGUGUUAACAAACCACUUAUCAAAAACAUCUGCUGCAAUCACCAAGAUCACAACACCAGCUAUCAAUAAAGAAGGUGUCCACAUGAGGAUUGAGGAAAAGAUCAGUCUCUCUGCUGGCAGAGAUGGUGGACUGCAAAACAUGGAAGUACUUGGGAUCAUAAUGCUACAAAUCAGUGAUGAACACUGUAACCGAAUAAGAGUAAAGAUUGACAAUAAAGACAAUAAGGGAGUACAGUUACAGACGCAUCCAAACAUUGACAAGAAACUUUUCCAAAGUGAGUCUAUUAUUUCGCUAAAGAACCCAGCCAAACCGUUUCCUCUCAAUACAGACAUUGGUGUUCUAAAGUGGAGAUUCCAGACACAAGAUGAAGCUUUCAUGCCUUUAUCGAUAAACUGUUGGCCAUCUCAGACGGGCAGUGGAUGCGAUGUGAACAUUGAGUACACGUUAGAGCAGGAGCAGCUGGAACUGAGCGACGUCGUGGUCAUCAUACCGUUACCAGCUGGGUCGGGCAAUCCUGUAGUGACUGAAUAUGAUGGACAGUACAGCCACGACAAAAGCCGGGCCAAGCUGGAAUGGCAGAUCCCGGUGGUGGACAAGUCCAACAAAAGCGGCAGCAUGGAGUUUAGCAUUGGCGGCGGAAGUGCUGAUGACUUCUUCCCUGUGUCCGUGUCAUUCGUCUCGAAAAAGUCGUACUGCGAUCUGUUGAUUGAUGAUGUUAUCGAACAAGACAGUACUGAAUCCGUCAGAUACUCUACAGAUAUUGCUUUCUAUGUGGACAAGUAUGAGGUGGUUUAAGGGUCUGAUGCACUCAAACUAGAGAAUAUUGUUAACUAUUAUGAAUUAAUUUGUAGUAUUGAAUAAAUAUGGGUAAUCUUAGGAAACUUUGCCACGUUCUCCACAAACUACGGUUAAUUUUGUACAGGUUUUACAUCUAAUGAGAUAUCGAUAAAUAACUAUUUGAUUCUGACUCCAACAACUCUAUUCACCCAAGUUUGGGUUCAAAAUAUCCAAGAAUUUUCAAACGUUGUGUUUACCAGUUAAAAUAAAGAAUUGCCUGAUAAAUUUUCUCAAAUUUCAAUUGAUAGUGUUAAAGUGUGCUUGAUCUUUAUGUAUUUGUUCAAUCCACCAUCAUAUCAAUAUUGUGAUAUUUCUAACCAGAUUCAUCAGACUCCGAUGGUGUGUGUAUGCUUGCCAUGCACUGCCCAUCAGGUUUUCGCAUGCUAGUGGAAACGCAGUACGUAACUUAUUUUUUUAAUGGCCCCAUGUAUCUCUAUGAAGCAUGUUAUCUAGUUACAUUAAUAUGUACAUUGAGCGCAUAUGAGCUAACAACGUUUGCCAGGCGGAACGACCUACUUGACAGAUGUACAUGUAUCUUACAAAUUCACACGUAAACGUCAUGGUGGUGGAUAAUUACAUGGUGAUGCAUUCAAGCUAAAUGAAGCUUAUGUGGCAAAGCUAAUGAGUGAUGUACAGACAUGUGUGCAUAUUUAAAUAUUUGUAGACCCGUAAUAAAUGUGUUUGUGUGAAACUCGGAGGAAACCUUGAGAUGGUAGAAUUGAUCACCAUGUAAACGUCAAUUUUCGUAGCCACGAUGAGUGGGAAAAUUCAUUCGUACCAGUGCUGUCGAUUGUACAUGUACUAAUGAUUUGUUGUGAGAAAUUCUAACAUCCUACGAACAUCCUAUAUCAAACCUAUACUGUUAAUUAGGUUUAUGCAAACUUAAAUGACAACUUUCAAAGGGAUUUGGUAGAACAAAGCUAGGCUACAUGGUUAAUUAAUGAUUAGAUGAGUUGGAAAUACCAAGGAAGUUAUGGUUGCCAGAUUGCUCUGCCGUGAAAUAGGCAUAAGAAGAUAUGCAAUUGUUCUGCUGGUUAGCAUGGAUGCAUGAACGUAGCGAAUCGCUAUAGAAUAAAGUAAGAUUACGUGAAGAGUACCUAGCCAGUGCAUAGUAGCGCCAUCUACAUGCAUCAUGGGUACUACGUAGACGUUCUUCCAGCAAUUUAUUGCAUAUACACACGUCAUUGCAGAUCCGGCUUCAAAAGUAUCUGAAUAUAUAAAUAUUUCUGUACCAUCGAUGCAAGAAAGCAUGCAAUAUUUCAAUCUACACGACCCACACAUUAAUAGCAAAUAUAUUGUUGAUUAUUGCUAGCUUUGUUGGUGUUUAUGAUGAACCAGUUACGAACGUGGUGAGGGCAUGGUGACAUUUUGCUAGCCUAUCAUAUUAACCUGCUGGGUAGCGCUAUGAUGAUUUCGUACACAUAAAUAUUACAGGCCAUUAGGUAUACGAUAAGGAAUGGUUAUGAUGGUUUGGUUGCCGAAUUGUAGAUUUGACAAUGUAUGCCCUGUUAUUUCUUUAUAUUGAUGUAGGGCUAUUUUGAGUCGGUUUUAUGUAAUCUCAGUGGACUCUAAAUUGUUCUGUCAAGCACGCCGCUAUUAUAUAUUGUGCAUAUAUUGUUUGUAUACGCACUAUGUAUUUCCUUCUUUAUACAUGGCCUAAAAAGUAUAAAAUUAGCCAUAUGAGGAUGUACAUAAAUUUAGCAUUGUGUGUUGGACUAAAAUACAAGUGACGUCUUCAUACGAAAUACAAAUAAUCUAAAGAACAUGAACCAUGACUUGUACUAGAGUUUUUGCAUUGAAUACUAUAUUUUGAUGGAUGAAGUAUUGAUAAUAAAGUAACAGUUGCAUAACAUUACAGAAAUAAAGUAUCAAUCCAGUUUGCAAACACUAUA